CCUGAGUUGAGCUCAGGACAGACUGAAGGCCAAACAAGCAAGAAGAGAAGAAAAUCAAAGUAGUGUGGAGCUUUCCAGAAAAAUAAGAGGAUAUUAAAGCAUAUUGUAUACUGCCUGCCUGAAGAAAAAUGUUUGCGUCUCCAGCUGCUUUGGCCGCUCGGCGGGUGCUUGCGGCUGCGUCGGCUCCGAACCACGAGGGAGGAGCAAAAACCUGGAAGAUACUGACCUUCGUUCUGGCCUUACCUGGUGUUGCCGUCUGCAUUGCCAACGUCUACCUGAAGAUGCAGGCGCACUCCCACGAACAGCCAGAAUUUGUGCCAUAUCCUCACCUGUGUAUCCGCACCAAGAGAUUCCCCUGGGGAGAUGGAAACCACAGUCUGUUCCACAACGCGCACACCAACGCACUGCCUGGCGGCUUCGAGGGGUCCCACCACUGAGAGCAUCGGCCACAUUUCUCAGUUGUGUGUUGCUGCUUGUAUAAAACUUCCGUCUGCAGUGUACUUGGCUUAAGUGUACCGACCGAGGGGCCGCCUAACAUUGAUAAAACCACUUUGUGCUGUAUUACAA